AUGCAGACCAACGCACUUCUCGUCAGCCUCCUCACUUCCGGCUUCGCCGCCGCCGCCGCCAAGUCGUACAGCACCCCCUUGGACUGCACUCCUUCUGUUGCUUUCACAAGCCCUGCCUAUGGCCCCCCUGACUAUACGGCCUCGACCAGCACCCGUUCGCCCAGCUUGGGAGGUCACUGGCCCCAUGAGUACACCACCACCUCAGUCCACGAAACUGUCAAAAUUGCCGAGGGCCCUAGCUACACUACCUCGAGCCACCCCCAUCAGCCCACUGUCAUGACCAUCAAGACAACCUCCACGACUGGCUCCACGAACGCCUACAAGAUCGCGAGCAGCACGUUCAAGACCUUCAAUACCGGCACCACUGGCAUCCCGAUGUCUACCUACGGUCCCGUCCAGAGUCUUGCCAACCACAUCGAUGGCCAAGGUCUUCUCAUUGCAACUGUUGUCGCUGGUCUCUGCUUCUUCAUUUAG